AUGGAAGGGACCCGCCUACCCAUCCUGGCUCUCAGCCCGAAAAUGACCACUAGGGAAUCGCCCAAAGUCUGCAAUGCCCAGCACGGAGACCGCUGGCCCAGGAGGACUCUCGUCAACUCCGAUAUGACUUUGACCCGCGGAACCCUGAAAAAGGGCUUCUUUUGCAAUGACACCACCAUCCAGUACCCCCGAGUGGCCCAUUACAUCAUCGAAGACUCGGCACUCAUAAAGAUGGGCUUCUUCAUCUCCAUCUUCACGAUCAGCCUGGGAGAGUUGAUUCGUGUCAAGCGCCUGCAGCUGAGCCCGCCAGCCUUCGUGAGCGGCACUUACACGGCCAUGAUCUACAAGCAGUUGGGCACCUUCAUUUUUGGCGGCCUGGCCAGCUGCUCCCCGACCAGCAUUGCCAAGAUGACCAGGAAAUCCUUCUAUUCUGUGGACGCCUCCAUCGGGAUGUACUCCAUGGUGUAUUUGGUGCUCUAUGUACAGGCCAGUUCCUGGGGACAGAAAAUCUGGCUGUUACAGCCCACCACCCAGCUCCUUUUCUUGUCCCUGGCUCUGUUCACUGGCUACAUCCGGGUCUUGGACCAUGGCACCACCCCUAUGAUGCCAUCUUCGGAUUCUUGCAGGGAGCUUUGA